AUAGAAAGGACUGGUUGGACACCGGAUAGUACACACACGCACACACAAAUGUCAACUAGCGACGGAACAUGUAGUGACGUAAUUCGUACCUCGUACCAAACCAGAAUCACCGGCUUAGUCUGCCAAAAUUUGAGCAUUGGUGCUGAGCCACUAAUUCGGGAUAAGCUACUAAAAGCAUCGUAAAUUAUUCCAUCUUCGUACCGUGCAGUGUCGUAACUAUGGGAUGUGGCUCUUCCAGUUCGUCAGCAGUGCCCACGGAUGGCGAUAGUGAAUCAACCACGGUGAAGGCAUAUCCACCACCGGAAGCAUUCGAAAUUUCGCUAGAUGACGAAAACUCCGAAAGCAUAAUCAAAAAACACCCACCCAAGCGGCUGAAACGCCUCCAGGAGCAGAUUUCCGACCCGCCGAGCAUCGAGGACCUUGAGGAAAAACUUGCCACAGCGGAAAUGAGACGGCAGCAGUUCCUGGCUAGUCGGAUCCAGAAAACCACCAUCUAUGGCAGGGCAGAUAUUGUAGAAAACGGUAACCUUCAUUCCGUCAUUGUCGAGGAAGAUGAGACUGAAGAAACGGACGAAGAGGACGGAACAGUAAAUCCCGCUGGGACCGGUGCGCCAGAACAACAGGAUGAACGUAUCGAAAACGGCUGAAAGCAGUCCCUGCAAUAAAACUCACACAGUUUAUUA